GCUACCUGCAGGCAUGUCGCACUCCAGUCCCCGCUGCGUAUGACAUGAGAGAACUACAUGUCCUGUGCUCGCUCUUGGAUAUUUCGGAACAGUGCGUUUCGGUGAACAAGAGUAGAACGGGGGGGUGGCUGCCGUGUGUGUGAGGAUGAGGAGACGUGGGUAGAACUAAGCCAAGGUUGAUAGGAACUCAAGGGUGGGGGGGAGAGAGGAGGAAGAAGGGGCUCGGCGAGCAGCAAGUGCAUUUGUUACACAUGUUGCCUUGUAGGUACAUCAGUGCGCAAGAUGCUGACGAGAGGGUUGGGGUGUUUUCCUUCCUGUUGCAGGGGACCAUGGUUAUGUUGAAAAUCUCCGCUUUCCUCGUUGCCUACGCCCUGGUCAUCUGCCAGAUGUACUGCUCACAAGCCGCCCCUGCCAGACCAGGUUUAGAGUCCAUGUCAGAACGAGUCACGCUCACGGACUACGAGGCGCGAAGGUUACUGAACGCCAUCGUCAAGGAGUUUGUGCAGAUGACGGCAGAAGAGAUGGAACAGCAGGCGACGGAGGGAAACAGCAUGGACAGGCCCCUAACCAAGCGCUGUUCCAACCUCAGCACUUGCGUGCUGGGCAAACUGUCUCAGGAGCUGCACAAGUUGCAGACAUUCCCCCGCACGAACGUGGGAGCGGGAACGCCCGGCAAGAAGCGCGGCGCUCCUGAGAGGGACAGCUAUGCAAGCUAUGGCGAGACGUUUGACAGCAUCUGAACCCUUCUUUCUCCUCUCUCUCCUUUUAUUUAUCCUUCCUUCUCUCCUAUCUCUUUAUCCCGGUUUGCUCUCCGUAUUUUUCAUCCUGGCAAGUGCAUGCUGACUCCUACCGGCUUGAGAAGAACCUGACUUUUUUCUCUUUUUUUAUGUACCUCUUUCCCGCCUUUUUACCCUGCUUGGUUUUUUGGGGUUUUUUUGGGCAGAGAAUAAUUUGUUCCUUUUUUCUCAGACAAUCAGACACAAUUUACACAGCUGUAAUUUACAAUGUCAGAUAUCCAUUUCUGUGUAGUGUUUUUGAUGGCAUCUGAUAGACAGAUCACUUAAUGUAACCAUUAAUAAAUAAUCCACUCAUGAAGACACCAUGUUUGUUGUUCAAUAAACGUAUUUUUCUACCAGGAAGCCUUAGCUCCUGUUCGUUUUUUAAAGACACAACAAAAUUGGGUUUGUAUGAACACGCGAGAACAAAAUUUGGUUGGCAUGGAUACGAGCAAAACGAAACAAAUUAGUGUGUAAAUAUACUAUAAAACGCUUCAGUACGUCCAAAGGUAAGAAAAUAAUCCACUCAUGUAGACACCAAUGUCUGUUAUUCAAUGAACAUAAUUUUCUACAAGGAAGCCUUAACUCCUGUUUGUCCGUUAAAGACACAAAAAUUGGUUCGUAUGAACACGCAAGAACGAAAUUAGAGCGUAAAUACACUUUAACACCAAAAUUAAACAAAUUAGAGCGUAAAUGAACUUUUACGAUGCCUUGAAAUCUGUCCGGGAAGUCCUCAGUAAGUCAGCAGGUAAGAAAAUACAUAAGCUGUUACCUUAUUU